GUGAUUUCUGAUGAAACUGGAUUGGAAUAAUUUUCAUGAUAUUUGUAUAUUUAUACAUAUAUAUAUAUAUAUUUUAAAUUUUUGCAUUUGACUUAAAGUGCCAUGAGAAAAUUUGCAUAUUGCAAGGUGGUCCUAGCCACCUCUUUGAUUUGGGUACUCUUGGAUAUGUUCCUGCUGCUUUACUUCAGUGAAUGCAACAAAUGUGAUGAGAAGAAGGAGAGAGGACUUCCUGCAGGGGAUGUUCUAGAGCCAGUACAAAAGCCUCAUGAAGGUCCCGGAGAGAUGGGAAAACCAGUCAUCAUUCCUAAAGAGGAUCAAGAAAAGAUGAAAGAGAUGUUUAAAAUCAAUCAGUUCAAUUUAAUGGCGAGUGAGAUGAUUGCACUCAACAGAUCUUUACCAGAUGUUAGGUUAGAAGGGUGUAAAACAAAGGUGUAUCCAGAUACUCUUCCUACAACAAGUGUGGUGAUUGUCUUCCACAAUGAGGCUUGGAGCACACUUCUGCGAACUGUCCAUAGUGUCAUUAAUCGCUCACCACGACACAUGCUAGAAGAAAUUGUUCUGGUAGAUGAUGCCAGUGAAAGAGACUUUUUGAAAAGACCUCUAGAGAGUUAUGUGAAAAAAUUAAAAGUACCAGUUCAUGUAAUUCGAAUGGAACAACGUUCUGGAUUGAUCAGAGCCAGAUUGAAAGGAGCUGCUGUGUCCAAAGGCCAAGUGAUCACCUUCUUAGACGCUCAUUGUGAGUGCACAGUGGGAUGGCUGGAGCCUCUCCUGGCCAGGAUCAAACAUGACAGGAGAACAGUCGUGUGUCCUAUCAUUGAUGUCAUCAGUGAUGAUACGUUUGAGUAUAUGGCAGGCUCCGAUAUGACCUAUGGUGGAUUCAACUGGAAGCUCAAUUUUCGCUGGUAUCCUGUUCCCCAAAGAGAAAUGGACAGAAGGAAAGGUGAUCGAACUCUUCCUGUCAGAACACCAACAAUGGCUGGAGGCCUUUUUUCAAUAGACAGAGAUUACUUUCAGGAAAUUGGAACAUAUGAUGCUGGAAUGGAUAUUUGGGGAGGAGAAAACCUAGAAAUUUCCUUUAGGAUCUGGCAGUGUGGAGGUACUUUGGAAAUUGUUACAUGCUCACAUGUUGGGCAUGUGUUUAGGAAAGCUACACCUUACACAUUUCCGGGAGGCACAGGGCAGAUUAUCAAUAAAAAUAACAGACGCCUUGCAGAAGUUUGGAUGGAUGAAUUCAAGAAUUUCUUCUAUAUAAUUUCCCCAGGUGUUACAAAGGUGGACUAUGGAGAUAUAUCAUCAAGGCUCGGUCUAAGACACAAACUACAAUGCAGACCUUUCUCUUGGUACCUAGAGACUAUUUAUCCUGAUUCUCAAAUUCCACGUCAUUAUUUCUCUUUGGGAGAGAUAAGAAAUGUGGAAACAAAUCAAUGUCUGGAUAACAUGGCCAGAAAGGAGAAUGAAAAAGUUGGAAUUUUUAACUGUCAUGGUAUGGGGGGUAAUCAGGUUUUCUCUUAUACUGCCAACAAAGAAAUUAGAACAGAUGACCUUUGUCUGGAUGUUUCUAAACUUAAUGGCCCAGUCACAAUGCUCAAAUGCCACCACCUGAAAGGCAACCAACUUUGGGAGUAUGACCCAGUGAAAUUAACCCUACAGCAUGUGAACAGUAACCAGUGCCUGGACAAAGCCACAGAAGAGGACAGCCAGGUGCCCAGCAUCAGAGACUGCAAUGGAAGCCGGUCCCAGCAGUGGCUUCUUCGAAACGUCACCCUGCCAGAAAUAUUCUGAGACCAAAUUUACAAGAAAGAAAUAAAAAAAAAAACUAAGGAUUGACUGGGCUACCUCAGCAUACAUUUCUGCCACAUUCUUAAGUAGCAAAAAAGGAAAAGUACUUUCCUGCUCUGCGGGAUGUAAGGUUUAUCAGCCAUUAAAACCUAACACUCCUCUAGCUUUUCACUAGCUGUGAACCAGCCUUCCUGUCCAAGGACGUGAAACUACAUACAUACGUGAGACUGUGCACACUGAUGUUUACAUGAUGGAAAGAGUCUCAUCAAGAAUCGUCAUAAGGAAUAUUCAGACAGUGACACAGUCAGGAAGAUGUGCUUUCUGCCUGUUUACGGUUUGCCUGCACAUCGGUAACUCCUACUGAAUGCACUGUCGUUGUGAAGAGAUUUCUGAGGUGUUUUUUCUGAUUAGAACUGGUAGCCAGUAUAUGAAACAUUGCUAUAAAAAUAAAUGAAAAGGAACUGGAACCAGAUUUAGUAUCAUGAAAACAACAUUUUUACAACAAUAAUUAAAAAACUAUAUUAAACAGGGUUUAAAGAAAAUUAAGUCAGAACUAUGAGAAGUACAAUUUGUUAUAGUGUAGUAUCAAAUUUCUAUAUAGAUUUUAUACCUCAGUGGGGAAAAAUACUGAUUCCAAUGACAUUCAUUUUGUUUUCAUCUGUGAUAGUCAUGGAUGUUGGUGUUUUGUUUUCUUUUGUUUUCCCUUGGGGUGCUGAAAUUGAGCUUUAAAAAAAAAAAAAGGCUCUUUGAACAUAGAUUUAAUCUCUUUCUACAGUUUUUUAAAAUUUUAUUUGGUUUGUGGGCUGUUGGAAUUGUAAUUUUUAAUUGCCUUCUAAAAAUGUCUGGUCUCAACAAGUUAGGUCUAUCUCAGUUGCUCUUGGGUCAGCUGGCUUACAGACUUGUACACACACACACACACAUACAUACACACAUUCAUUACAUCUUCAACUUCUUAACUUGAUUCAUCAGAUUAUGCUUAACAGCCGAGUUUCGUACUACUGUACUACAGAUGUGUUUUCACAGCAAUAAAUAUUCAGUUCUUUGUUUAUGAUUCCACUCAAAAGGUCUGCAGAAGUGAUUUAUUAUUUGGAUAUUUGGAGAUGAUACAUUUGAUGGGUUUUUUGGGAAAACUUUUUUCACACCAUACUCAGAUGUGCUUCAUUGUCGACUGCCUAUUUAGAGUGGAUUCUUAAAUUGUAAUGUUGAUCUGCUGCUUUUUUUUUUUUUUUUAAUAAAAUUUUACUGCAUAUAUUUAAUUGGCAUUUUAUAACGUAGCCAAAGAAGUGCAGCUGUUACUCCCUAUUUCUAGCCCUGCAUUUCUUCCCUAAAUUCAAUUUAAGUUACAUCAGUUUUCAUUUCCUUGAUUUUUCAAUACCAGGAAAUAACCUGGUGGUCAGUUGAAAGUUAAUCUUUUAAUCUUAAAGAAAGUCUCAGUGUGACAUUUUUUCUGAUACUUAAAGCAGUCCAUUGGCUAAAAGGCGUAUAUUAUUCCUUCUUGUUUAUAAGAUUAUAUUUAAUGGUAUUCUUUUCUUUGAUUAUCAGAGGUUCUCACUGCAGGCAGUGCUACUUCUUGUGCCUAAGAAUGUUUCUGAAAGUCGCAUGGUGAAUGAUACCUGCCAAGUUGAGUGUACACGAAGAAGUUUCUCAUGUCCAUGUCAAGUUAAUUAACGUCAAGCACACAUUGAAGCUUUAGGGUGGGGCUGUAAUAGAUGAAUAAAACUUUGUCCCCAGGAAAUUUGAAAUGAAGCAGGUGCUAGGUGGAAUUUUUUUUUUUUUUUUUCCUACUCCAUGAGCUAUGUUAGUUCUGUCUUCGGUAGGCCUAAUGCUUGAAUAAACCUUAUGUCUAAUCAAUAAAUUAUUUUCAUGCUCAGAAUGUCAAGUUUUGUACUCUAGUGUAGCUUGGACUUAUUCCUUACUGUAAGAGAGCUUAAAAGCAAUGUGAUUUAAGAUUUUGUUUGGUUUUGUUUUUUAAGUGGGGAUGUAUGUGGUUUAAUUCAUGGGUACUUUUUAGAACCUGAUAGAUAAUCCCAUUGCCUUUAUUUUUCUAAUUAAAGAGUUCCUAAAUACUUUGAAAAUAUAAACUAUUCCUGAAUA